AUGGCCUCUUUCCCCGACGAGAUGCAGAUGCUAGCCAUCCACAACCAAAUCGCCUACAACCUCCGCAUCCUCCGCCCCGACAUCAAAACCCCCAUCAUCACCUCCUCGUUUGAGAAAUCCCCUCGCACAAACCAAGGCACCUGGACCGCUGCCGUGUGGAGCAAUGACAGCAAAGUCAUCUUCACUACUGUUCAGGGGGAAGGCAAUGUGGUGGACGCUAUGAGAAGAUUGUUGCUGCUGACGUCGGUGAGUUUGAGGGAGAUGAUGAAUGAGUGGGAGGAUUUGAAUGAGGAGUUUGCGAAGGUUGGGGUGGAGGGGGUGGAGUAUAUUUGA